AAUAUAAAUACAAGAGCUAACGUAACUUAUCAGUACCAGUAGAAUUUUAUUUUUAAAAUGAACAGCUAUACGAUUAUCUCUUUUGGAGUUUUGCUCGCAGUGCUCGCUUUUGCGGACGCUAAAUCAAUUCAAAAACGAGAAUGUCCUUUCAAGAAAUACUUUGACGCCAAUGCGCCUAAAUGCAUGGAUAAAAUUUCUGAAGAAAACAUGGGUCGGAUGAUGCAAGGUAAUAUGGACAAUGAUGAAAUCAAGUGUUUCGUAGGAUGUGUCUUUGAAAACUCCGGUUUUAUCAAAGACAAUAAGAUUGACCUAACAAAGGCCAAAGAAGCUAUCGACGUUUUCGUAGAUGAGUAUAAAAAACCAAAAGAUAUUGGUGACAAACUUUACGGCGUAGUGAGUGAUUGCGCUCCGGAAGCUGAAAAGGGAGCUAACAACUGCGAAGUAGCAGCCAAUCUUAUAAUAUGCUUCAAAACAAAUAACAAGUACACAUAAUCAUACAACUUCAA